CCCGGCCGGUCCUCCGACCUUCCAGCGAGAAGAGAGAGAAAGAGCGUCCCGGAAACCACCGACACGCUGGGGUAGAGCGGCACACGUUUUUCGCCCUCUCGGCGUCCUGCCCCUGUGGCCAGCCUCUUCCGAGAGCGGCCGUGGGCUCCCCCUCUGCCCCGGCGGCUCGCGGGUGCCGCAGGAAGCCGACGUGGGGACCUCGGCGGCCUUAGGCUUGCAGCCCCUGGCUUGGUUGACCCUGAGUUCUGAGACUCCCCAGGACAAUGACGCAAGCUGAAAUUAAACUCUGUUCUUUGUUACUGCAAGAGCAUUUUGGAGAGAUUGUAGAAAAAAUUGGAGUCCACCUAAUCAGAACUGGCAGCCAGCCGCUAAGAGUAAUUGUCCAUGACACGGGAACAUCACCGGAUCAGGUGAAGAAAGCCCUUUGCGUCCUCAUCCAGCAUAACCUAGUGAUAUAUCAAGUGCACAAGCGCGGCGUAGUGGAGUAUGAAGCCCAGUGCAGCCACAUGUUGCGAAUGCUUAGGUAUCCGCGGUACAUCUAUACUACCAAAACACUGUACAGUGAUACUGGAGAGCUGAUUGUUGAAGAGCUGCUGUUGAACGGCAAAAUGACCAUGUCCGCUGUUGUGAAGAAAGUGGCGGAUCGGCUCACAGAGACCAUGGAGGAUGGCAAGACUAUGGACUAUGCUGAGGUAUCAAACACGUUUGUGCGACUGGCAGACACACACUUUGUACAGCGCUGCCCCGUGGUGCCUGCCACUGAGGAUUCAGACUCUGGGCCUCCUCCGCCUGCCCCCACGCUUGUCAUUAAUGAGAAAGACAUGUACGUGGUUCCUAAACUGAACCUGAUAGGAAAAGGUAAGCGGAGGCGAUCAUCUGACGAAGAUGCAGCUGGGGAGCCCAAGGCCAAGAGACCGAAACAAAGCACAGAUAACAAAGAGCCCAUUCCAGAUGAUGGGAUUUACUGGCAGGCCAACCUUGACAGAUUCCACCAGCACUUUCGUGACCAGGCCAUUGUGAGCGCAGUUGCCAACAGGAUGGACCAGACGAGCAGCGAGAUUGUGCGGACCAUGCUCCGGAUGAGUGAGAUUACCACUCCCUCCAGCGCGCCCUUCACCCAGCCACUGUCUUCCAACGAGAUCUUCAGAUCCCUACCUGUUGGCUAUAACAUCUCUAAGCAAGUUCUUGAUCAGUAUCUCACUCUGCUGGCAGACGAUCCACUAGAAUUUGUUGGGAAGUCUGGCGACAGUGGUGGAGGAAUGUAUGUCAUCAACCUCCACAAGGCGUUAGCAUCCCUAGCCACAGCCACUCUGGAGUCCGUCGUACAGGAGAGGUUUGGAUCUCGCUGUGCCAGAAUAUUCCGUCUAGUUUUGCAAAAGAAACACUUGGAGCAGAAGCAGGUAGAAGACUUUGCAAUGAUUCCUGCAAAGGAGGCAAAAGAUAUGCUUUAUAAGAUGCUCUCAGAAAAUUUCAUUUCACUCCAGGAAAUCCCCAAAACGCCAGACCAUGCCCCCUCCAGGACCUUCUACUUAUACACUGUGAACGUGCUCUCAGCUGCCCGAAUGUUACUGCACAGGUGCUACAAGAGCAUAGCCAAUUUGAUAGAAAGGAGGCAGUUUGAAACCAAAGAGAACAAGCGUCUACUAGAGAAGUCCCAGAGGGUGGAAGCCAUCAUCGCGUCUAUGCAGGCUACCGGUGCCGAGGCGGCACAGCUACAGGAGAUCGAGGAGAUGAUCACAGCUCCUGAGCGGCAGCAGCUGGAGACCCUGAAACGUAACGUCAACAAAUUGGAUGCCAGUGAGAUCCAGGUGGAUGAAACCAUCUUCCUGCUGGAGUCAUACAUCGAGAGCACCAUGAAGAGACCAUGACCCAGAAGAAGCCACUCCUUAAAAAUUCUGGAAGGAAGGAAGGAAAAACAAGGGAGGUGUCUGGAUGCAUUCUUUGCCGCAGGCCAAGCUGCAGAUUCUUGUACUAAGACACCCUCUCUACACCUGUCACCCAGGAGACACCUGCAAGAAUUUGACCUGUUUGUUAAAGUCGGCUGGUUCUGUAUUCUCCUGUCAACCCUCGGCACUGGAAAGAACCUUAAAUCAACCGAAGUAAUCAUCUAUCAGAUGCCGUCAGGAUGUCUGCCAAGCCUGUUUGAGUGUAUCUGGCAGUAGGGAACAUCUUCCUAAACAAUUGGUUCCAUUUCCAAAAGUCA